AUGAGGGCAAACAACGACACUCCCAGCUGGCGGGCUCUGCCCAGCAAGGAGCAAUCGGUCUUCAAGCACAUGAUGUGGCUGUAUGAACAAAAGCACAACAAGAAAGCCAUCAAGCAGGCAGACUUGAUCCUCAAGAAGUUUCCCGAGCACGGGGAAACGCUGUCUAUGAAGGGCCUGAUCUUGUCAAACAUGGGCGCGGAAAAAAAGCAAGAGGCUUAUGACUAUGCCAAAAGAGGCCUCAAAGCGGACAUUACCAAUUGCGUUUGCUGGCACGUGUUGGGUCUGCUGUACAGACAGGACAAGGACUACGCAGAGGCUUCGAAGUGCUUCAUCCAAACCCUUCGGCUGGACCCGAACAACUACCCCGCGAUGCGCGAUUUGGCCAACUUGCAAAUUCACGAAAGAAAUCUGGACGGCUUUCUUGAGACCCGCAGGCACAUAUUGAAAGCCAGAUCCAGGUUUAUAAGGGAGUGGGCAGCUUUCGCCAUGGCUAACCACCUGGUGGGUCGCUUGACUAUAGCCCAGGAGAUACUGGGCGAGAUGGAGAACCAGUUUGGAGAGUCUCGCGACCUAGACGCUUUUGAGAAGAGCGAAAUAAUGCUGUACAAGGCCGCCAUACUUGAGGAGAUGGGGGAGUACAAGCAGUGCUACGAUUAUCUCACCACGAGGGAACAAGCCAUACUGGACGAGACGGCGCUACUAGAGGCUCAGGGCCGAAUGGCGAUUUUCCUGCGGCAAUUCGAUUUGGGCCGGGUGGCUUACAGACGCUUAAUGGAGAUAAACAAAGACAACGAGCGCUAUGUGUUGGGCUUUAUGGCUUGCGAUGAAAAUGAAGAUAUCAGAAAUCUUUUUGCCCUGCCCAAGUGCUGCCUCAGUGGGGCGGUGGGCAAGGCCGACUCCCUCGACUACUUGAAGCUCAAGCAGCUCCAGGACGGCCGCAUCUUUGCUCCCGUUUCAAGUGCUCCCCCCUACAUAUAUUUGAUGCCCGGGGCGCUGCGGUCGUCUGGGGAAGACAGCGGCGGAUGGCUAGAGUCUGCGUUUACCCGGCAAGCAGCAAGAGAGGCGCAGGUGCAGCAGCAGGAACUGCAGCUUCUCAAGGGCUGGAAGAGCAGUGGACACACAGAGGCAGCUCCCCCUUCCUUCAGGAUGGUCAGGGGGCUCAGUGCUGAAAUGCAGGAUCGCAUUCUGAGCUACUUUGACGAUUUGAAGGUACAGCUGUCGCCCUUUCCCCUGCUGGACUACCUGAAGUUGUCUUUCUUGUCUGGGGGCCGCUUCGUUGCUGCGCUGGAUGAUUUCUUGCGGCCGCAGCUGCGAAAGGGCGUUGUUUCUCUUUUUGCUGCUUUGCGGCGUCUGUACACCCGAGAGCGGGCUCACUUGAUCGGCACCGUGCUAGAGAGUUACGUUGAGCACCUGCAGAGAAGCCCCUCUUCAUUUGGGCCUUUACUGGGGGAAAGGCGCGAAAAGAGGCAGGACGAGCCGCAUUGCAGCAACACAAGUGACUCCAGCAAUGCAUGUUGUGGAAACUCCAAGAAUUCCGAGGGUUUAAUUCAAAAUAAUUCCCUUAAUUGCUCCCAGGAGUCUGGAGAGAAACCCGAAAUUGCUACUGCUCUCCUCUACGCCUAUAUGCUGAUGGCGCAGCACUACGACUUUAUGGGGAACACUGAGAAGGCUCUUCAGACCAUACAAAAGGCCAUCGACCACACUCCAACCUUUGCAGAUCUCUAUCUCGUGAAAGGCAGAAUCUACAAACACGCCGGCGCCUACCGGCUCGCUGCGGAACUGCACGAGAAAGCGCGCAGCCUUGACUUCGCAGAUCGCUACUUGAACUCGAAGUGCUGCAGCUACCUGCUGCGAAUCAACAAGGCGGAAGAAGCCGUCGCCACAGCCCGCUGCUUCUCGCGCCAAGCCGACCCCGAGGACUCCCCCGACCUGCAGUGCAUGUGGUUUGAGUUGAAGCGGGGCCGGGCGCUGGUGCGGCUGCAGCAGCACCAGCAGGCGCUGAUGGAGUUCAACGCCACCAUCAAGCACUUUGCAGAUAUUCACCAAGACCAAGUCGACUUCCACCCCUACUGCCUCAGAAAAUCAACUUUCAGAGCCUACGUCAACUUCCUUCGCAUGCAAGACAAGCUGUGGUCACACAGGUAUUUUAGGGAGGCUGCCCAAGAGGCGCUAAAGAUAUACUUUGCCGCUCACGAUGGGCUGAUAGAGUUGAAGCCCGAGGCUGCUGCUAGGCCCGCUGCAGAGCCACAGAAAGAGGCUAAAGCGAAAAAGAAACAAGCAAACAAAAAGGCUAGCAAAGACCAAAAGGCAGCAACAAACUCAGAGACACAACCUGAGGAGGCCCCCCUUGCUGCUGCCCAGAAUAUUCUUGAUAAGUAUAUUUGCUGCUGCGCCACCGACCCCCUCGCCCGCGCAGCUCAUUAUCACUUGGCCUAUAGGAAAGGCUGCGUGGUCGGGAUGGUUUUGGCGCUUUCGCGUCUCAACAAACUAAUUAAACGUGAAGGCACAAGUCGUUCCGUUUCCGUUCUGCUGCCGCUUCUCUACCACUUCUGCAGAGCAGCGGAUCUGUCACUCAUACCCAGCGAAAUGGAGGCGCUGUGCAUCUCUGCGCUGAGCGCCAUCUUGGAGACUCCUCUGUCACCCUCUGGCUUGCAGCAGCAGCUGCAGCAGGCAGCAGACAAACUGAUGGGUGAUUUGCUCCUGCAGUGCAAAACAGACGCUCUUGACUUCCAGCUGCGCAAAACCGCGCUUGAGGCCUAUCUUUUGGCGGGCGAAGACGUGCCUGAUGACUCGCCGUUGCUAUCCUUCCCCACGCUAACAGCAGCAGCAGCAGCAACAAGCGCUGCUGCUUCUGGCGAGCGUGAGCGUCCAUCCCUCGCCGACUGCGAGGCCCUGUUGCAGCAGCUGCAGCAGUUUAAAGGCAAGGAGAAGGCCUGCGAGGCACUUAAGGCGGCGUGUCGGCUUCGUUUCCCCUUGUCUGAUUUAUUUAACAAUUCGGAUUAG